GACAGUGCUAGCGGUGCUGGCAAUAGUCAGCCGAUAGAGGCGCGACGGUGAUAACUUAUUAUCGUUCUAUCUUUGUGUUCGUGUGUGCAUUCAUCAGCACAUCAAGCGGCAUCCAAAAUAAUCCAGGAAGAAAUAAUCCAUAUUGUUGUAAAUAUAAUAUUAUUAUAUUAAUAAUAAGUUGUAAGCCAGUACUCUGGCGUUAUUUAUUUAAUAUUUAACAUAUAAUGAGAAGACUAAUGAAGGGUAAACGCAGAAAGUCUGAAAGUCCUAGCGACGCCGAUUCAGAAGAAAAUGGCGACAGUGCGCAUCAAAUUGAAGACGCUGAACAACCAAAUAAAUCAGAUGAUAAUAAUGAAAGUGCGCCGAAAUCAAAACGCAAAACAUCACGUGGAAAAGAUAAGUCGACUGGUGAUGAGACUGAUUUGAGUAAAAACGAUAAUGAAGCUGAUGAAAAAUCAUCAGAAGUAUCUACUCAAGAAAACGGAAAUCCCGCCAAGGGUGGAGAUAACAAACGCCGAAAAAAAGAAGACCGUAAACCGACUACUUCACAGGACAACGGCAAUAGUGAACAAGAAUAUGAGGUGGAGAAAAUAAUUUCACGUCGCACAAUCAAAGGACGUAGACAAUUUCUUGUCCGGUGGAAAGGAUACGAUGAGACAUCAGAUACUUGGGAAAAUGAGAAGGAUCUCAACUGUGAGCAGUUAAUUGAAGAUUUCAUGGCUGAGGAAAACGAAGAGGAGAAAAAUGCUGGAGAAAAUGAUGAAAAAUCUAAAAAAACUCCUAAGAAAACACCAAAGUCUACUAAAAAGACUAAGAAAGCCAAAGUCACCAAAAGACAACGGGAUUCUGAAAGCAAAGAAGAAGAAAAUGAUAAUGAAGGGGGUGCUGAUGAGGAAGAAACUUCAGAAGAUAAAUCUCCCGCCAAGCGCGCGAAAAAAUCAAAGGCAGCUAAACAACAGAACGACAAUGAAGAGAAUAAUGAGGAUGGGGACGAGGAUGAGGAGAAAGAGUUUGAAGUCGAAAAGAUUCUUGACGUUCACUUCAAAAAAAACAAAUCCCGCGAGUUCUUGAUUCGUUGGAAGGGGUUCAGUGCUUCUGAUGACACAUGGGAACCGGAAGCAAAUUUAAAUUGUCCAGAUCUGAUAACAAAGUUUAUGGACAAGGUAGAAAAAGCUCGUUCUACUGAAUUGCGAGAGUUGCGUACGAAUCCUUCCCACACUAAACGAUAUACAUUGACGAUGCAUAACAAAGAAAGACGGCUUUCACGUCGUAAUUUGGGCAAAGAAAGGGCAACAUACCAUGAAUGCGAUGAAUAAAAAAAUAUUUAAAAAAAAAAAGAAUGAGUAUAUCAAAUAAAAAUAGAUUAAGAUUUAUUUCUUUAAAGUAAAUGGAAUUUAUUCGUACUGACAGACGUAUUUUAAUGUUUGUGUGACUAACUUUAAAUUUUUUUUUAAAUUUAAACUUAAAUUUGGUAAGCACUCGAAAUAAAUAUUUGCACAAAUAACAUUUAUAUCGGAACACAUGGUUUGUUAUUAUUAUAAUAUUAAUAUUAAUUAAAUAUCUUUUUAUUUAAAACAAUAUUAUCAUUAUUAUUUUUAAUUUGUGCAACAACCAUUUCCGAUUAUAUAUAAAUAAUAAAUAUUUACAAUAAAAUUGUGUAGAAUUUUUACUAAGUCCUUAAAUAUUUUACUCUUUAUAAAAACUUUGACAGAUGGAAUUUAUCAAAAAGCUAAUUUAAUAUUUAAAGUAAGACCCAGUACCUGAUAACUCAUGCACAAGAAAAAAGAUUUGGCGCGCAAAAUAUUUUUCACUUUAAAUUAAAGAUCAAAAUUUCUUAGCGCGGGAAUUUUUGCCUUAAGAAAUUUAUUGGGUCAAGUAAAAAUUUUUUGCACCAAGAAAUCUUUUUUUUUUGGUGUAUUUGUAUAUAUCUAUACAUUUACUAAAUAUAGAUAUACAAAUAUAUGAAGUGAUCGAGUACUAGUUCUCUGAUCAGGUACUAGGUCUUUUACUUUGCGCACAAUUUGUGUUUGAAUAUAAUUCAAAAAAAUGUAAUAAUACAUAACUUAUAUGCGCAUUUUAUUCAAAAGAUGUAAAAUAUUUUGAAGGACUAAUUUAUCGUAAAAAUAUUUUUUAUUUAUAAAUGAAUUCGGUAAUGUUCAAUUAAAUAGUUACAGUGAUAGUUAAUUCAUAUACAUAAAUCAUUUAAUUUUGUUUAAUUGCUAUUUAAUGAAAUUUUCCAUUGUUCACUAAAGUCUCUAUAAAUAGU